GUCUGAUAUAUUUGUGGGGAAUCAUGAAAAGCAUGACUUUAAUGAUGUCUUAUUAUAUAAUUUAUAAAAUAAAGUAUUGGCAUUACCAAUGUAGGACAAUAAACUUCCAAAAAUAGUUUUGUUAAGUUGGUAGUAGUAGUAUUGUAAUCUCAAGUUUAGUUUUAUGGUUAGAAAUUAGAGCUAUGGUGGUAGGACUUGGGUUAGGGAUAGGGUUAGUAUUGACAUUAGCAAGUCAUAUGUAGGCUAUAUUCAGCUAACUGCCAGUAAUCUAACACUCCUUUUUAAAAAGUGUCUAUUAUUGUGCCAGUAUCACACACUGGCAUACAUUAUAAUUUUUCAUCAUUACUGUCUUUAAUUCCAUUCUAUUGAUUUUUUCAGUUGUUUUUCAUUUUUUAUAAAAUUAUUUGCUAACGUUUUGUUAAAAUCAUGUACAAGUAGGAUGUUUAGGCUUAACUUAGCACUAUUGUGAAUCAUUACAACUUGACUAUCAUCCAUCAUUAGGUGCUACAUAUCUUGAUUGACAAAUUUUCAAUGGCCGGGGUUGUGGUAUGGGCAUUUUCUAAUGACCGAAAAUUGUGGAGCCCAUAUGACCCAAAAGUUUCCCAGGAAAUAGAAAAUGCUUAUAUCAAAGGAAAUCAGAAACUGAAUCUGGGCACAAUAUCACAAGCUCUGGCUCGCUAUGAGAUUGAUUUUGUUGCAUUUACCCAAACACAGUUAAAAUCAGGAAAAUGUCGAAAAAUUGUAAGACGAAUACACCCACUAGGAUCUGCAUUGUAUCAAGGAGUUGUAUGGGAGUUUGAAGGGGAUAAUCCAUCACAAUGGUUGACCUAUGACCUGGAUACAAUUGAGUGCAUUGAGGAUCACCUUAUUAAAAAUUUACUAGUUUUGGACCUCUCCAGAACACAGGCACUACCCUACAUUAUUGAUCUCAAACAAAUGAACCAGACCAGAAAAGAUACAGGAAAUAUACGAAAAAUUCGACGUCGGAUAAUAAAUCAAGCAUAUCCAUUAGAUACUCUAAACCUCAGUGUAAAUACUCAACAGACAGGUCUGAGUGCCUCUUACAACCAAACCCCAUUGGUAACACAUGCUCAAGGUUCACAGGCACAGGGCAAACAAAAAAGCAAAGGCAAAUCAAGAUACCAUCCAUACAGUGGCAGUGCUCACACACUCAGCCAGCCACAGCAAGCUGCAGCCCACCAUCAGACCGCAACCAGCUACUUGCAUACACCAAUGACAGUAACUGUAAAUGGGGGUUUGCCCCAUUCAGCAAUGCACUGUUCUGUUAACCCACUUCAGGGAUUCACACAGGUGUCAGCAGCUCAAGUUCAUCACUUCACUACAAAUCUUUCAAACCUGUCUGCACUCAACGGCUACUCACAGUUACAACCUUCCGCAAGCUACACACCUCCUACAGAAAGCUUACCCAGAAGCCACAAAAUACAGAUCGACAGCUCACUACGUUCUAAAGCCAAGUCAGGCCUAGAAGUUCUUGGCAAGUACAUGCUCAAAGUGGACCGUGACCUGGACAAGCACGACUGCUCCAUCUGUUGUGACCAGCUCAGUCAGCCCUCCAGCUAUGGGGACGGUCACCCAGAUGCUGGGGCUGCAGUCAAGUUGACUAAAUGUGGACACCAGUUUCAUAAACUUUGUUUACUGGAGAUGUACAACUCCACUCACAAAGAUGACAGUUUACAGUGCCCUAGUUGUAAAACUAUAUAUGGUGAAAAGACUGGUAUCUGUCCCCCUGGCUACAUGCAGUGGAACAUCCUCCAAGGACUCCCCCUGGCUGGCUACGAAGAUUACGAUACAAUUUGUGUUUCUUACCACAUAUCCGCUGGGAAACAGGGCCCUGAGCACCCUAACCCUGGCCAACCAUACUCAGUAAGAGGUUUUCCGAGACAAGGAUUUCUGCCAGACAAUGACAAAGGCAGAAAGGUACUAAAGCUUCUAAUAGAAGCUUUUAGACGUCGCCUUAUGUUUACCAUUGGUACAUCUCACACUACUGGUGAAGCCAACACAGUGACAUGGAAUGAAAUUCAUCACAAAACUGAACCUCAUGGCAACCAGCUGGGUCAUGGCUACCCUGACCCCAAGUAUCUAGACAAUGUUUUAUUAGAACUGGCAGCUCAUGGGGUUACAGAAGAAACAUCUACCAGCUAGGUCAAAGCCUUAUGUGUGUUCAGUGUUCUUUAAAUAGCAGCAAACGUUUCAGUCGUACAGCAGUUGAGGGACAAUUCUGAAUGUAAUAAUGUGAAUUGGUGUCUGGUGAAUGCCAUUUUAUUCACUUUGAUAUGUUAUAAUUUUUUCUUAAAGAAUUGCAGUAGCAUUCUUAUGCCCAUUGGAUGUGAAUAAAAACUCCUAAAAUGGAAGGUUAUAGUGCCAUCAGAGUACAAGAUCUGUUCUGUAAAUUAGUGAUUUUUAAUACUAUUUAUUAUACUCUCACUUUUUAACUGAUGUCUGGGUUAUUAUAAUAAAUAUGCAAAAGUGUUUUUGUCUUGAAUGUUUU